ACGACAACAGCAACCAGAGUUCGCUUUCGGAGACCUCCCUCGUGAAAGGGGGAGACAACAGCCCCAGCCCCACCUUGGACCGCAGCGAGACGGUCACCCCCACCCCUUUGGGGGAGCUGAAGGCGGAGGACUCCCAGCCCCCCUUGCUGGGGCAGGAAGGAGAUCCUGGGGUGCUGCUUCUGGAGGGAACAGACGAGCCCCCCAUGCUCACUAAAGAAGAGCCCGAUCCCAAGACAUCGGACACCCCG